AUGAUCAGUGGAUAUUGCCGAAAUGAUAGUCCUAAAGAGGCCCUAAUGAUUUACAGGAGAAUUGAAGAUGAUGGUGUUCAUGCUGAUUGUGGCACUGUGCUUUCCGUGUUGCCUGCGUGUGGGUGCCUGAAGAACUUUGAGAUGGGCAGAGAGGUUCACUCACUGGUCGAACAAGUAGUUUUUUGGGAAAAUUUGUCUGUUUGGAAAGUUGUAGUUGAUAUGUACAUCAAGUGUGGAAGAAUGGAUAAAGCAAGGUCGGUUUUUGAGAAGAUGAUCGAUAGAGAUGUGGUUACUUAG